GGAAGGGCUUGCUGUUCAGGUCUCCCGCUCCCUAGAGCCCUAAUAGGCCGGGCCAGUACUUCCGGGGGUCAGGUUCCGCUUUGUUACAAAAGUCUCUGUUGCCGGUUUCCUUGCCACCUGACGGACUUUCCGGUCCCCAGUGGGCGCCGCCAUCUUCGGAACCGGCUACUUCCUGCUGCUCCUGUCCCCGCCGCCAUGUCUAAGGCCCUGGAGCAGGGCAAGGAGGCCGCGCCUCCGCCGAAGCCGCUGUUCGGGAGCUGCUGGAGCUGCCGCAUCCUGUCCGGCUCGGCGCUGAUCGGGGCCGGGUACUGGGUCUAUCUAGGCCCGCGCAGGAUCAUGAGCCGGGGCAACGCCCCCUCCGCAUGGAACAUCGUCCAGCUCUCCUUCGCAGUCAGUCUCGUCUGCUGGGGCAUAGUCAUCCUAGCUGAUCCAGUUGGCAGACAGAAGAAGUAGAACAAACAAGGCAGGACAAGGUGCAGCUGCUGCCUCCAUCAGCACUGGCCAAGUCAAACAAUGUGCAUUUGGGACAAUAACAUGAAUCCAAGAGAAAA